AUGUCGAGCUCGUUAACAAGCGCACAGCGAAAGGAAUUGAAAGAUGCAUUUGAUGUCUUCGAUACAGAUGAAUCGGGUAAAAUCUCUCAAAAUGAAUUAGGGAAUAUCUUGAAAGCAUUGAACAUCAAGAUAAAUGACAAUCAACUGAAACAACUUGUUGUUGACAUGGAUUCCGAUCAGAGUGGUGAAAUCGAGUUUGAUGAAUUCUGUCGUGUGAUGAGUGAGGCGUUCUUUAAAAAGUAUACCAACAAUGAAUUACGUGUUGCUUUUCAACAAUUCGAUCAGGAUGGAUCAGGUUAUAUACAAGCAAAUGAAUUAGAAAGUAUCAUGCGAAAAAUGGGAAGACGUUUCAGUAAAUCCCAGAUCGACAAUAUGGUCAAGUCGUUAGAUUCAAGUGGUGAUGGAAAGAUUUCCUUCGAUGAAUUCGUUCAAUUAUUUCAAUAA